CAUCCAUCCAUUCCAUCUUCCCCUCUUUCAUCAUUUCCCCACCACUGCACCCAUUACUGUCAGCUCUUCGUUUCUUCUCAUCUUUAUCGAUCUCAGAUCUUUACUCGGUUUACCACAGUCCAAAGCUAGGCAGAUCGGCAAGAUGAGAGGUGAGGUGUGCCAUAUCCACAUUGGCCAGGCAGGUAUUCAGCUUGGCAACAGUGCCUGGGAACUAUAUCUGCUGGAACAUGGUCUCAAGGCAGAUGGUCAUCUAAACCCUGAUGCCGUUGACGAGUCGAGAUCUGCGGGUUCUUUUGAAACGUUCUUCACCGAGUCCAGCAACGGCAAAUAUGUCCCUCGUUCGAUCUUUAUCGACCUUGAUCCAUCGCCUGUUGACGAGAUUCGUACUGGACAGUAUCGUCAACUGUUCCACCCUGAAAACCUGAUCAAUGGCAAGGAGGAUGCUGCCAACAACUAUGCACGCGGACACUACACCAUUGGAAAAGAAAUGGUUGAAGAUGUUGCCGACCGCAUUCGUCGUGUUGCAGACAAUUGCUCGUCUCUUCAGGGAUUCCUAAUAUUCCACUCUUUUGGUGGCGGUACCGGAUCUGGUUUCGGUGCCUUACUGCUAGAGCGCCUUUCGACCGAGUACGGCAAGAAGUCGAAGCUUGAGUUUGCCAUUUACCCUUCGCCUCGUGUCUCUACAGCAGUUGUCGAGCCAUACAAUGCGGUUCUAUCCACUCACAGCACCAUUGAGAAUGCCGACUGCACUUUCUUGGUUGACAACGAGGCUGUCUAUGACAUCUGUCGCCGCCACUUGGAUAUUCCACGCCCCAGCUACGAACACCUGAACCGGCUUAUUGCUCAGGUAGUUAGCUCAAUUACAUCUAGUCUUCGCUUUGAUGGCGCCCUGAACGUCGACUUGGCCGAGUUCCAGACAAAUUUGGUUCCUUUCCCUCGUAUUCACUAUCCAUUGAUCUCGUUUGCACCAGUGGUUUCAAGCAGUCGCAGCUCACACGAGAGCUUCAGAGUCCAGGAUCUGACGUUUCAGUGUUUUGAACCCCACAACCAAAUGGUUGUUUGCGACGCGCGUCAAGGCAAAUACAUGGCGGUGGCGCUUUUGUACCGCGGCGAUGUCAUCCCUCGCGAUUGUAACCAAGCUAUUGCGGCUAUCAAGGCGAAGGCUUCUUUCAAUCUGGUCGAAUGGUGUCCUACUGGAUUCAAAUUGGGUAUCAAUUACCAGAAACCCGUGCGCGUUCCUAAUAGUGAGCUUGCUCCUGUCGACCGCUCUGUCAGCAUGCUUUCGAACACCACUGCGAUUGCCGAAGCCUGGAGCCGCUUGGAUCACAAGUUCGAUCUGAUGUAUGCCAAGCGCGCUUUUGUCCACUGGUAUGUGGGUGAGGGGAUGGAGGAAGGCGAGUUCACCGAAGCGCGCGAAGACUUGGCUGCGCUGGAGAAGGACUAUGAGGAAGUUGCCAGUGAUAGCCAGGAUAUCGAUGACCAAGAGCAAGAGUACUGAGGACAUCUUAUGAUUUGAUUGCGUUUGCUUCUUGGUUUUCCGAAAGCUUCUGUUUUACUUUCCCAUGUGACAACCCCUUAUGAUUCUGCUUCCUUCAGCCCUGUCUUGAGCGUUUCUGCUUUUGCCUCGUCCGGUUCCAAUGUUUUGGCCAAGUGAAUUCGGGAGAAAAAAAGUUAGAGGCCCACUGGGGGGGAUCUUUUACGCUGUAAUGAGUCUGCGAUUGAAUGACGGCCAGGAAGGAUUACGACGAUGUUUAUUAGGUUGUGAAAUAAUUUACAAGAUGCUGCUCUAACUGGG